CUUCCUCCUCUUCUCCUCCUUCUUCUUCUUCCUCUUCUUCUUCUUCCUCCUCCACUUCCUCUUCCUUUUUAUUAAAUCUGAAUCAUUACUCGUGUCAAUCACAUCUACAGCGUGAGUGAUAGGCCCACCUUAUAAAUUUAUAUAAAGGCUAUUAGCAGGUCGGGGCGCUCUCAGUGAAUCGACAUCUAUUAUCAGAGACAGUGGUAAGCUGAAUACACAAUGGAUAUGCAAUUAUAUUUUGUUUUGUUAACAUUUUGGGGCACAUUGUGCAGUGCCCAGUUUAGACCGACCCGAUUUCGUCUGACAGCUGAAAGAGGGGGGCCCCCUCAAGGGGCUCAGUUCGUGCCUAUCCCCACCAUCACCGGAUUUCCCACGGGGCCACGCCCCUUCAAACGGCCUCAACCAAUCACAGGCAUACCACCCCCACCACCCGAGCCGUCAGCAGCCAAUACGGAAGAACCAGUGACCCUGCCCAUCACAAUGGCCCCGCCCACUCUCACCAUCACCGAGGAGACAAGCACCGACUUCCUUCUAAUCUCCUCCUCCUCCUCAGCCACGCCUCCGCCACCCCCUCCACCAACCAAUAUGGCUGUCUCUGUCACACAACCACCCUCCACCUAUAAACCGAUUACAACGUCCACUGUUGCAACCCCUACUUCUUCUUCUUCAUCGCCAAAGGAUGAUGGACUGGUCUACAACCUCUACAGCCAGGAUGAUGACGGCAGCUAUUAUUUCGAAUACCUGACGAAACAAGCGGCCCACCGCAAGGAGCAGGGGUUCUUCAAGCGUGAGAGCGGCUUCCAGGACAAAGUGCACGUCAAGACGGGACUCUACUCGUUCAUCAGUCCGGAAGGCACGCCGGUUCGGGUCGACUACAUCGCCGACGAGAACGGAUAUCGCGCCUAUGAGAGCUCGCGGGUCGCUAGGAAAUUCGCCAACACCAGGCGGCACUUGUAGAAAUAAUUAGAAACUACUUACAAUAAAUUAUAGAUCGAUGAAAAAUAAGUUAAAUGGAGAAUAAUAUUGUAAUGAAGAAUUGAUUCUACUUACAAUUAUGAUUAUAGAUCUUCACUUACAAUAAAUUAUAGAUACAGUAGAUGAAAAAUAAAAGGAAUGGAGAAUGAUUGUAAUGGAUAAUUGAUUCUACUUAAAAUAUUAUUAUAGAUUGAUGAAAAUUGUUGGAAGAAAAUGAAGAAUUGUAAUUAGGAAUUAAUAUAUAAACUUCUGUAGAUUAUGGAUAAACGGAAAAUUGUAACAAAAAGAAUGAAGAAUUGUAAUUAGAAAUUAAUAUAAAGUUCUGUACAUUAUGGAUCAAUGGAAAAUUGUAACAAAAAGAAUGAAGAAUUGUAAUCAGAAAUUAAUAUAAUAAACUCCUGUAGAAUUAUGGAUCAAUGGAAAAUUGUAACAAAAAGAAUGAAGUAUUGUAAUAAAGAUAAAUUACUUACAAUUAUUAUAGAUCAAAGAAAAAUUGUAAGACGGAGAAUGAAUUAUUGUAAUGAAGAAUUUAUUGUAAAUUACUUACAAAUUAUUAUAAAUCGAUUGAAAUAAGUUGUAAGUAGAAGAAUAAAUAAUUAAUUAUAAACUACUUACGAUUAGGUUAUAGAUCGAUGAAAAAUUGAUGACUUGUAUACAUUGAGACUCAAAAACUGAUUAGAUUUGGAUUGAUGUAAAAUUCAAGACUGGAAUAAACUAAGACUUUGAAACUGAUUAGAUCAAUGCAAAUUUCAAUUGGAGUUGAAUAUUCUCCAUAACAAUAGAAGAAUUAAUGAUGAACAACUUACUAUCAUAAAUCGAUGAAAUAUUGAAGACUUGUAUAGAUUGUGACUUUAACUAAUUAGAAUUGAUUGGUGCAAAAUUGAAGACAUAAUAAUGUUAAAAUUGAAGACAAAAUAAAUGAGACCUUGAAACUAAUUAGAUCGAUGCGAAAUUUAAUUGGAGUUCAAGUUUCUUCAUUACAAUUGAAGAAAAGACACAAAAAUUGAGUCUUUGAAACUGAUUAAAAUUGAAUCAAUGAACAAUUAAAGUCUGAAAUAAAUAGAGUAUUUGAAACUGAUAAGAAUUGAAUUAAUGCGAAAUUGAAGAAUUAAAUGAACUGAUUGCCGGCAGCACAAAAGCCGGUUAAAUUUUAAUCGUGAUUAAUUCCACGAGAACCAAUUAGAGAAGCCGUCUUAUCAAAAAGACAUUCUCUGAUUGGUUCUCGUGAAAUUAAUUACGGUUGAAAUUAAACCGGUUCUUGUGCAACCUGGCCUGAGAUUUACAGUUGAUUGUUUUUUUCUUCUAGCAAUAACUCAUAGUGUUCUAAAUGCUAUUGGUUUACCCUCCUCCUUAUUAUGAUGAACCAUUUGAAUUUAUCAUAAAUGUUGAUAUUUAUUUAUUACUAUAAAUUACUUAUCAAUGAUGACCUCUCUCACCUCACAUAUUGGACAGAUUUCUUUCAUGUUUAUUUACUACGACUUUUGAUUCUGUAUCUCUACUCAUUGUUGACUGUAUACAUAUUGAUUUCUGUCUUUUAAUAUUGAUGUUUAGUCAAUUUAAAUAACAACUGUAUCGGUAUAGUAGUUAUUUUGUAUUUAUUUCUGAAUUCAAAAUUUGUGAAAUAUUGUAAAAAUGUAGAAUAAUUCUAAAAUGAAACUAAGAAAAUACUCUGAACAUUGUAAGUCUACUCAUCUUGUACAAAACCAUUUUCACAAAAAGUAUGAUAUUAGAUUAUUUAUAAUAAAUGAACCUAUUUAUUU